AUGGCCUUCUCUCCCCCACCUCCGGAGCAGCCAGCGAUUCCCCUUGCUCAAGGACAGUGGCAGAGAGAACAGCUUGUAGGAGGCUUGGCACCCCGGAUGUCAACAUUCAUUGCAGUGAGAGAAGUGCAGCUAAGCGAGAGGCCUUGCCAGCACCUGCCCUUUCCCUGUCCAGCUGGUGCUCAUGACACAGCUCUCGCUCGCUCGCUCACACACAUACGCACACCCCAGUUUUCUGAGACUGGCAUCAGCCAAGUUCACACUGCCCGCGAGUCGCAGGAGCAAAACACAAAGCAGGACGGCGCUGCCAGAGAGUCGCAGGAUCAGGCUGCAAAUCUGCCUGUCUCCCUCUCUACUGCAGCUGCCAGCGUACUAGCAAUCCUCCUCGGCCACCGUCGGCAAGUCGCAGGAUCGAGCCACAAAGCAAGAUCGCCCUGCCAGCUGCAAAGCUUUGCCUACUUCCCCCUGCUGCUGCUGCGGUCGUGGCUGCCAGGUUGCUAG